GAUGCUUGGGCGAGGUCCCACGGGGGCCUGCGUGGCGCGGGGGCAGGCGGGGCGGCGGUGGGGAGGAGCCCCCAGCACGUGAGCUCGAAGGGCGGGUGGGGGCGGCCAGGCGCGGGUCGCGGGGCUCGGGGAGGCUGCGGAGUCCGCGCGACUGCGGGCGGAGGCGUGAGCUUUGGAGGCGGGUGUAAAUCAGCUAUGCAUUCAGCCUUCUCUGUACUUUCUCACAAAGAACAAGAAGAGAGCCAAUUCCAGGGAUCAACUUCAUUUGCAGAUGUGACUCUUAACUUCACCCAGGAGGAGUGGGGUCAGCUGGACCCUGAUCAGAGGACCUUGUACAGGGACGUGAUGCUGGAGAACUACAACAUCCUCAUCUCACUGGGGCAGUGCAUUGCCAAACCAGAAGAGGUCUUCAAGUUAGAUCAGGAAGCAGCAUGGAUAUUAGAGGAAGAAUUUGCAAGCCAGGGUUACCCAGGGUCACUCUGGCUGCUGCAUUGUGAAGUGGCUGUCCAAGGGCAAGGAUGGAAGCAGGAAGACGAAUCAAGAGGUUUUGCAGGAAUCUGUGUGAUAAGAUGGGGCUCGGCCCAGAGUGGUAGUACUGGAGAUGGUAAUAGGUGGUUGGACUCUGGUUAUAUUUUAAAGGUACUGUCAACAGGAAUUUUCUGACAGGUUGGAUAUGGAGGACAUAAAAAGAGGAGACAAGGAUGUGUCCAAGGUGGUUGGCCUAAUCAGCUUUAUGGAUGGAACUGUCAUUAACUGAAAUAAAA